ACUGAGCAAUAAUUGCGUUUCAAAGUCGUACGUAUUUAAUAAUAAUUGUAUAUUUGUGUUCAGUGUACUUUUCAUAUUAGACAACCCUUUUUUGAAACCUGCUCCGGCGGUAGUUAGAAUCUCCACGCUGAAUAUUUGAAAAAGAAAGUCCUUUCAGUCUAUACGCAACUCUCGCGCGAUCGUGAUAUCGCUACCGACUAGUGUGUAUAGUUAAAACAAAUUUGAAGACGUGUUUUAGUUAUUUUUUACGUCGUUCAGGGAAUAUUUAAAAAUAAAUAAAACUAAACUAAUUAUACUCAUAAAAAGCAGCAUGUACGUACACGGGACGAACAAACUCUUUUAUUGUUUGGCGAUUUUCACAUUUUUUUGCCUGAACAUAUUACAAACGAAUGCGGGAAUUUCGGCUCUAUUGAGAGACACUGGAGUGAUUCCGGCAGUACCAAUGAAUGAUUUGAAAGAGACAGCGACAAACGGACCAGAAUUAGCUCGAAUUUUCUACUCGGCCAUCGGCAACCUAGUCGAAGCCGUUCCCGUAUUCCCCAUCACGUUCAACGUACCUGACAUGGUGACCGCUUUCGGUGGCUUGCUCUCUGGCAUGUUCAACUACAUAACUGGGAAUGGCGACGGCGACGGAGCGUCACAACCCAAAGAUGUCCUCGGUGCCAUGUUCAACAUCUAUAGGCACAUAGCCGUACAAGAAGACAUUCAUGACUUUGAGUUCAUGACGUAAAAAUAUUAUACUACCCAACAUCAUAGUCUACAUCGACAGGAGAAGAGUUUAAAGUCACCGUCGUCGCUGUUAUUUUUUCGUUUUCUUUUUUCUUUUAAACGUGUCAUAUAGGUAGUAUUAUUAUAAUACUUUUUACACCUUACUCAUUAAUAUUUAAACGGAGUGAAAUGUAUUCUACUGAUGACCUAGACAUCUUCGUACAACUGUAAAAGUAUUGUCCACCAACAUUGGGGUACCACCCACUAAAUUAUUUAUAUUUAGUAAACCUAAUAGUAUAGUGUAAAUUUUACACCCACCGUGAAAUCGAUUAAGUAAGUGUGAAAUUUUAAACGCAAAGAAGUACCUAUAUAAUAUAUACCUACCUACCUACUUAGUACCACCUAUAUUAAGAACUAGAUUUCUUGUAACUGCGUUGUGUGCAUAUAUUAUUUAUUUUGCAUCUGAUUAGUUGAUGUAUCCCAAUUUAUAUUUUUCUCUUACUUUCUUGUUGUUAAAAUAUGUACUUUUAGAUCCACUUUUUAAUUAUUUAUUAUUAUUAACACUAGGUAUAGUACAUUUAUAUAUGAGUUCUGCUGUCUGCUAACUGACAUAUCAGUCGAUAUAAAUAAUACAUUUUUAAACUCAAGAAAUCAAUUAUAAUUUUAUAUAGAAUAGAUAGAUAAAAAGAUAAAUAGGUACAAAUUUUUUUUCAAUUUGAUACGAUUCUCAUAAUAUAAAAUAAAUAAACACUAGGUACUAUAUACGUUACUUUUUACCAGUUAAAUUUAUCACAAAAUAAUUUAUAUUUAUCUUGUGAUUUUAUAGUUCAUACUAAUUAAAAAUCUUUUCUUUUGAUAAAGAGUGGCGAUAAAUAAUGAUCGGCUUUGUUCCAAUGUAAAAAUGCAAUAAUAUUUGUUUAAAAGCGCUACAUAUUGCUUAUUGAAUGUAAAAACUUAUGGUAUGAAUAUUAAAUGUAAAUUCACAUAAAUAUCGAAUUUUUAUUUCACUUUAUUAUGAUUUACAUUGAUACAACAUUAUAUAUCUACCUAUUUAAAACAUAUAAAAUAAAUUUAGAUUAUUUUGAAUUAUUAAAACUAAGAAUAUUAUAAAUAAUGAUGAUUCGCCCACCAUUUCGUUAAACAUUUCAAUGGUAUAACCGAUGGGUUAAGGUAGUAAUUCUGUGGAGUUUUCAGGAACAUUAAAAAUUCUUUUAGUAUUCUGUGAAUGUAUUAUUAAGAUGAAACUAAUCAUUUAAAACAGUUGUAAUGUAUAUAAAGAUUACUGAAAAAGUUUAAAAUUGAAUAUACUAACUACUUCAACAUAUCAGACUUAUAACUAUAAGGAUUCUAGUUAAUCCUUUCCUAAAAAAUGAAUUGUUAACACCCUCCUGUAUACAUUGAAAUCCUGGUUAUACCAUUGAAAUACAUUUAGUACUUAGAUUAUAUCUUACAUAAGGCUCGACAUAAAUACACCGCAACUACAAGACCUCAUUUAUAGAAUUUGUCACCAAUUGAAGUAAAACAAGUUUGUAAAACAGCUAAGACGAUAAAUAAUAUUAUUAAAUGUACAAAUAAUACACCUAAGUAUUAAAAAUAUAAUAUCGAAUAGGCAACUAUAUAGUAUAUCAUAGUAUAUAAUAAUAUAUGGUAUCUAUUUUAUAUAGCUUAAAA